CAUGGCGGCGGGCGGAGGUGGCGGCGGCGACCCCCUGGCCCCGGCGGGGCUUCCGUGCGCCUUCUCUCCGGACACACAGGCCUACUUCGCCCUCGCGUCUAGCGACGGUCAUCUGCGGGUGUGGGAGACCGCCACCACCCGGCUGCACCAGGAGUACGUGCCUUCCGCGCACCUCAGCGGUACCUGCACUUGCCUGGCCUGGGCGCCGGCGCGGCUGCAGGCCAAGGAAAGUCACCAGAGGAAAAAAAGGAAAUCGGAAGCGACGGGAACAAGUGACCAGGCUGACUUGUUGGCUCUUGGAACAGCAGUGGGUAGCAUUUUAUUGUACAGCACAGUGAAAGGAGAAUUGCACAGUAAAUUAAUAAAUGGUGGACAUGAAAACAGAGUCAAUUGCAUACAGUGGCAUCAAGAUAAUGGCUGCCUAUAUAGUUGUUCAGAUGAUAAGUAUAUUGUGGAGUGGAAUAUACAGACCUGCAAAGUCAAGUGCAAAUGGAAAGGAGACAAUAGUAGCGUCAGUGCCCUGUGCAUAUCUCCAGAUGGAAAGAUGUUACUUUCAGCUGGUCGAACAAUCAAACUAUGGGUUUUGGAGACCAAAGACAUCUACAGACACUUCACAGGACAUGCGACGCCAGUGUCAUCACUCAUGUUCACUACCAUCAGAUCCUCUAACGAGAGCCAGCCUUUUGAUGGAGUUACAGGUCUUUAUUUCUUGUCUGGAGCAGUGCAUGACCGGUUACUUAAUGUCUGGCAGGUCCGCUCAGAAAGCAGAGAGAAGAGUGCAGUGAUGUCUUUCACAGUUACCGACGAACCUGUCCACAUUGACUUGACUUUGUCAGAAAACAAAGAAGAGCCUGUCAAGUUAGCUGUUGUUUGCAGAGACGGUCAAGUGCAUCUUUUUGAACACAUAUUAAAUGGACACUGCAAAAAGCCCUUGACUUCAAACUGCACAAUUCAGAUAGCAACACCUGGGAAAGGCAAGAAAGCUACACCAAAACCCAUUCCUAUCCUAGCAGCUGGCUUUUGCUCGGACAAAAUGUCAUUACUGCUUGUGUAUGGCAAUUGGUUUCAGCCUGCUAUUGAAAGAGUGGCUUUAAACUCCAAAGAAUCUCAUGUGUGUUUAGAAAGAGAAAUUUCAAACUGCUGGGCUCCCAGAGUAGAAACUGCAGUAACAAAGGUGAGGACGCCAGUGGUGAAUUCUGAAGCAAAAGUUCUGGUGCCUGGGAUUCCUGGACAUCAAGCACUGAACAAGCCUCCAGCCCAGCAAACCAAGGAAGUGGAGAGUAAGAGGAAGCUAGGAGGCAACGAGGGGAGCAUCGAAGAGCGCCUAGGAGCAAUGGGGAUAGCUGCAAAAGAAGGGAAGGAUGAACUUCUGCAGACGAACAGCUUCCCAGUCCUUCUGACCCAGGGCUUAGAAAGUAAUGAUUUGGAAAUGCUAAAUAAAGUACUUCAAACUAGGAAUUUAAAUCUAAUAAAGAAGACUGUGUUAAGGAUACCCUUGCAUGCAGUUAUUCCACUCUUACAAGAGCUUACAAAGAGGUUGCAAGGCCAUCCCAACAGUGCUGUUGUAAUGGUUCAGUGGCUGAAAUGUGUGCUAACAGUUCAUGCAUCAUACCUGUCCACAUUGCCUGAUCUUGUACAUCAGCUAGGCACACUCUACCAGCUAAUGGAAAGUAGAGUCAAAACUUUUCAGAAACUCUCUCAUCUUCAUGGAAAGCUUAUUCUUCUAAUUACACAGGUUACCGCGUCCGAGAAGACGAAAAGAAUGCCUUCUCCUGCACAGCAGGCCAAGUUGGUGUAUGAAGAAGAAUCUUCUGAAGAGGAAUCUGAUGAUGAAAUUGCAGAAAAGGAUUCUGAUGAUAAUUGGGAUGAAGAUGAGGAUGAAAAAGAAAGUGUAAAAGAGGAUAUUGAUGAAGAAAAUGAGGAGGAAGAUGAGGACGCUGAAGAGAAAGAAGAAAAUGGCGAGGACAGAGAGAUGUCGAGUGAGAAAGAAGUAAAUGGAGAUUCUGAUUUAGAUCCUGAAAAUGAAAGUGAAGAGGAGUGAAGACCAAGCCUGCCCGGCAGACCGCCCGAGCCCUGGCUCACCAUGCCCAGCGCUGCUCAGUCCUCCCCGGAGGCCGUCCUGUGCCCGGAGGCCGGAGACCGCUGUGCAGGUCCAGUUUCCAGCGGUGUUCCACACUUGCUGUCCUGAGCUCCCCAGACUUUAACUGUGUAAAUAAGAGUGUUUCAUUCAAAUGUUAAUAAACUUUACACAGUAAAUAGACACAUUUUCUGCAAUGUACUGACAUGAUUGUCCAAUAUAUGAUAUAUUUUUAUAAUUUUAACACUCUGGUGUGAUUGGUCAUAUCAGGAACUGACUGAAAUGAAGAUAGGCACAUCCCGUAGGGGUUCAUGACCUGGGUGCUUGGAAGGAGGUGGCUCUCAUCUCAGGUUGGUAUCCUCCAUCAAAUCCUGAUCCAAAGUUGGCACACUUAACCUAAUAUACUUUCAUGAAACAUGAAGGAAGGACUAAAAACUUGAUUAUAAACAAAUCACCAUUAUCCUGACUUCGUCCAUUAACUGUGGUAAUCUGGCUCAAGCCAGAUUGUUUAUUUGGAGUGCUUCCCCAAAAUAACCACUUAUUUUUUUAAGCAAUUAUGUAAUUAAAGAAGCAAAGCUCUAGCCAUAUUAAGAAUUUUUCCUGUCUGCAGAUUGCCUGUAAAGAAUCACCAGUGUAUAGAUUGAGAAGUGCUCAUUACUUGCGACUUUUUAAAAACUUCAGUCACAGCUGCUUUUGAAGAGUUUUUCAUUAUUAUUUAAAUUACUAAUGGAUCAAAGAACAAGUGUUUAUUUUUUCUCUUUGGUUUUAGAUAUUAAUGAUAACCUUGUUGGAAUUUUUUCAAAGAAAAAUAUUUUUAUAAUUCAUUAAUUUAAAUGUUUUCCCUCUUUCAUUAUCCACCCUCAGCAGUGUUAGGGUAUCCAUUUAAUAAAUCUUACUCAAGAUUUUUUUACAUGUGUAUAAAUAAGUAUUUUGGUGCGCUUUGAAAGCCUUUUCAAAUUACCAGUAAUUUGUCUUGUUUUUAAAGAAGGAGCUAGUGUUGGCUCAAUACUCACUAGAGGACAUACAGAUGUCCCUCUGCAGAAGGGCUGCUCAGAUGGAGUCGGUCUCCCACCAAGCGUGUAAGACAAACCUGCCACCCUGAGGCAGAGCUUCCCUUGCUCACCCAGCAGAGUGGAGCCCGGGGGCGUCCUGGGGGAGCAGUGUACAGUUGCAUUUGUGUAUGAACGAAGCUGUUGACGGCCGUGUAACACCGUUCUCUCUGUAAAGUGAAUAAAUACUCAUCUUCA